ACGCUUCUUGCUAUUAGUUGGCAGUUGACGGUCACGUGUAUUCACGCGUCAUGAUAUAGUAGUGUGCUGUGCUGCAGCCAAACACAAAUACUUAAAUAUUGAAUACGAUUCAUGCUAGAAAAAUGAAGAAAUUCAAAUACUUGUUGGCGGCUUUGAUAGCAUUUGCAUUGGUCAUUUAUCAGAAAAAUGCUAUCGAUAAUAUCGUUGUGCCGGAAACAAUGUCCGAUAACGUUUGUUGGGGAGCCAAUUCCGGCCAGACGAAAGACUGUGACAACACCAAAGAAGUUCGACCAUUCCUAAUUAACAUCACGACCGAAGUCAUCGUUGACUUAAAGUAUAGACUCUCCAACGCUAGACCGUUAGUAAAGCCGUUACAGAGUGUAAAUUUCGAAUACGGCUUCAACAGUGAUUACUUGGCGAAGAUCAUUGAUCAUUGGUUGAACCGAUACGAUUGGACGGCUAGACAGGCGUACUUGAACACAUUACCGCAGUUCAAGACAAAAAUUUUCGGUCUAGACUUGCAUUUCAUACACGCGAAGCCACCAGCAAAGUCCUCGGCCAGAACGAUACCUCUGCUUAUGCUGCACGGGUGGCCCGGUUCUGUCGUCGAAUUUUACAAAAUCAUUCCUAUGCUAAUCACUCCGAUCGCCGAUCGUAAUUUCGUAUUCGAAGUGGUAGCACCCUCGUUACCAGGUUAUGGAUUUUCGGAUGCGGCCGCUCGACCCGGCAUGGGUCCGGCGCAAAUGGGCCAAAUGUUCGUCAAGCUCAUGGAAAGGUUGGGCCACAAAAAGUUUUACGUUCAGGGUGGCGAUUGGGGAGCAGCCAUAACUGAAGCGAUUUCGAAGAUUUUUCCCGACAGAGUCUACGGCAUGCAUUCGAACAUGUGUUCGACUAUUUCAUCUUUGGGACUAUACGAUUACGUUCGAUUGGCGUUGGGAACGUACUGGCCUUCUUUAAUUGUUAGCUCCGAAAGUGAAAAAUCCCGGACAUAUCCACUGAGCAAGGUGUUCUUUGGGUUCCUCGAAGAAUCCGGUUAUAUGCAUUUGCAAAUGACCAAACCCGAUACAGCAGGAGUUGCUUUGAAUGAUUCGCCGGUCGGCUUAGCAGCUUACAUCUUAGAAAAAUUUUCCACUUGGACACAUAUGAAUUACAAAUCUCUACCAGACGGCGGUCUAUCGAAGUUCAAGAUGGACGAACUAUUGGACAAUGUCAUGAUUUACUGGGUAACUAAUUCCAUGACCACGUCAAUGCGCUUAUACUCGGAGUACGCCAAUAAAAAAUACUAUGCUCUUCCGCACACAUCGGCAAAAGUUAAAGUACCAGCAGCUUGUGCUAUUUUCCCAAAUGAAAUGCCGAUAAUGUUGGCAUUGAAGAAACUUUUAAAUAAUGAAUUCGAAAAUCUAGUCAGAGCUACAGAGAUGAAGGAUGGCGGACAUUUCGCCGCGUUCGAACAACCCAGAAUGUUGGCAGAUGACAUUUGGUCGACAGUUUACGAAAUGGAAAACAUAAGAAUCAAUUCAAUAUAAUAUUAUUUAUUUUAUUUUUGUACACCAUAAUAUUUUCAAAUUUAGGAACAUUUUUUUUUUAAAUUCUAUCUAAGGUAUUCUUUUGUAAUUUUCGGUCACCGAUAACCGGAAGGAGAGAUUCUAAUUUCGACGGCUUUUUAACUGUAUUUUCUGGUGAUAUUCGUCUGUGUCCUGUAAUAAUAAAACAUUUUUUAAUUUUUUUAA